AUGGCUCCCUCAAGAUUCGACCAUGGUACAAUUGCUACCAACUACAGCAGCAUUCACUCCGCCGAAGCAUUUGUUGGCGAUUAUCAAGUCAUGUAUACUCCUGGUUCAACUUCGCCUCCUCUCGAACGUGCACAGAAGAAAUCGACACGCUUUAGCAGAGCUGUCUCCUCAAAGCCCCAGAACUCCAGUCAAUCCUUCAUGCUGCCCGCCAACCUUCCAAACACGUCUCAGAUCGUUGCAGACCAUGGCUCUUUGCCCAAUGUCCAAAUUCACUACACAAUUCCUGCCGAUGAGAAACAAAUUGUCGUAUCCUUACGCACCCUUCAACGUGAUCUCAACGAAGCCAUGCAAACCAUCAACUCUCUGACCCGCGAACGUGAUGAGGCUUUACUGGAGCUUAAGUUGCUUCGAGCUGUCUCCAAGAAACCUUCUACUCCGGCGAAAAAGAAUAGACGGUCGACACAUGUGGAGGAAGAGCUCUUUGACCUCAGCAGAUCAAUGGAAUCCCCAAAGAGGUCUCCGGCUGGACGAAUUUCUACAAAUGACCCGCCAGCUGAAACGAGACACGGAGCAAAGACAACGAACUCGGAUGAUGCCCGAGUUUUGUCACCAAUUCCUACCAAUCGAGCAGCCUUUCCUUCUGAAAAACGAACCACGACCAAGUCUGGCUCCGCUAAUCAAAACAAGUCGCAAUCGUACAAACGACCAACGGUCAAUGAUAUUGAGAACAGCAUCAUCGAAGACACCACGGCUGCUUCCAACACUUCACGACGCCGCCGUCGCUUGUCUCUAGAUGAGAACAUGACUUCAGCCUACAUACUCCCUGACAUCACCGUCAACCAACCUCCAAAGCCGACUAAGGUCCAGGUGUGUCACGAGACUCAAAAUGUUCUGCAUUGCCAUGACCCUGAGCACGUUGAUAAUUGUGCCGUCUGCCAGCGUCUAACGGCAAAGAAACCCAAAAAUGUCACGCACGCAACUCAUACCCGCGAGAAGACCGAUAUUACUGCUCAAAUCACUCAGCUCAUGAAAGAUGCUAUGCUGGACGAGCCCACUAUGCGUCCCAAAAUUUCCCCGUGGCUUGCACUUGCGAAUGUCAAGAAGCUUCUCACCGAGCAGUUCGAGGAGGCCAAGCGGAAACACAACCAGGCCUGGGAGAAGUAUGAUGCUAUUGAGGCCCCGAUGAACAGCAAAAAACAUGCAGCGGCAAGCCAGGAUUUAUUCUACUGGUCUAAGAAAAUGGAGGAAUGCAGGAUUAACCUGGAUCAGCUGAGGGAUGUGGAGGAAGGAAUGAGAGAGAACAGCGAACUGUGA